AUGGUUCGGUGGUGUUCGUCUACACCAAUCUACCCAUAUAUGGUAAUUGACCACCUCCUCAAGGUCGAAGACUCUUCGGAUGGUGUUGUAACAAGAAGAUCCGGAUCCGAUGGUGAGAAUGAAAUCGUAAUUAAGAGCAAGUUUCUAGUUGAUGAAGUGUGCAACGCAAUGACUGUGGGAUGUAAUAAAAGCGGAGUCACUAUUCACAUGAAAGAAAAAAAAUAUCUCCAUGAUACCGGCAAAACUCAUCUAAACAUCUAUUACAAGCCCUCUGACCCUAAAUCAAAACCCGUGACUGUUCGUCUACCUCCUCUUCCCAAAGGCUGCCAAAUCCAAAACCUAGCGAUGUCCUCUCUUCCUGACCUGGAAAACGAAGAUUGGGUCGUUGUUAUCAAGUUGAGAUCUCAGCUCAUGUUCUAUAGGCAUAAGGACUUACGUUGGAUCGAUAUCGGAGCCAUGCAUGCGCAUGAGUCUAUAAGCCCAUCCUCAAGUCUCAUGUAUUCUAGGAAAGAUAAAAGGUUCUACGUUCCAAGCCCUGGAGGAGGACAUUUGUGCUCCUUUGAUCCAAAACUCAAGGAGAAGAACGAGCUCAAGUACAGUCUCAUAUGGAGACAAGACAUUCCUCAGUAUAUGUUGUACGAGUUGGAGGAGAUGAAUUCGUUUACUAGGACGGACGACAUGGUGGAGUCACCUUCCGGCGAACAAUUCUUCAUAUCAUGGUACUACGGAGACAACAUUGAGGUAAACGAAGGAGCAAGAACAGUCACGCAAAAGACAAAGCGAUUCAUGGUGUUUAAAAAGCAAGAACCGAAUAAAGAAAAACCAAGUAAUCUGUUCAGUGAUAUGUUUUACACAGAAAACAUUGGAGAUCAUUGUGUUUUUCUUGGACAUGGUGAAGCUGUGUGUGUCCCAGCGAGCUCAUCUCCAGGUCUUAAGCCUAAUUGCAUCUAUUUCGUGGGACACAACUAUGGUGUUUACGAUAUCACCACCCAAACGUGCACUCUCUUCUACACAGAGGAAGGUCCAUUAAGAUCCACUCACUUUCCUUACUGGCUUCAUCCAUUUUCUCUCACUCCUCAUUGA